AUGAUGGCAGGCCUCUUCACCAUUCUCGCCUCGAGCCCGGACAUUCCUCUAACCACCCGCGAGGCCCUAUCCGGGAUCUUCGGCUCCAUUUCGCUCGCGUGUUGGAUUUUCCUCCUCGUGCCCCAGCUGAUCGAGAACUACCGCAACUCCUCGGCCGAAGCGAUCAGUCUAGCCUUUAUCUUCGUGUGGUUUCUCGGCGAUAUCUGCAACCUUGCUGGGGCGCUGUGGGCCGGGCUGGUCCCGGUGGUUGUGGCCAUUGGGGUAUAUUUCUGCAUUGCAGACGGCGUGUUGAUCGGGCAGUGCUUAUACUAUGGCAUCAUAAACAAGAGAAGAGAAGGAAGAGCUUUGUUGAAUGAGCGGCCGACGCCGUCGUCUGGGGGCGAUGGGCGUCCGAGGGAAGAUGGUCGAGAGAAUGAACCACUUCUGAAGCGCACGCGGACAAACAGUAUUACAAUCCCGGGCUCGGCGGACACUAGACGGCGUAGCAGUAUCAGUACGAGGCGGAGGGCAAGCAGCGCAGCACAAAAUGACCGUCUGGCAAAGAUACUAGAGGAAAGUGAUGAGUCGGGAAGCAGACUUUGGUUCAAGAAUGCCAUGAGUGUUCUGUCUAUUGUCGUGGUCGGGGCUGCAGGAUGGGCUCUGGCUUACGAAUCUGGAGCAUGGAAGCCAUCGUCCUCAUCAACGGAUAUGGAUGAAAAGAAGAUGGCCACUGGUGCGCAAGUGCUGGGUUAUCUGAGCGCAGUGGCGUAUCUGGGUGCGCGAAUCCCUCAAAUCAUCAAGAACGCCGAAGACAGGAGCUGCGAAGGUCUCUCGCUACUCUUUUUUAUUCUGUCCCUCAUGGGCAACCUCAGCUAUGGCGCAGGCAUUCUCUGCCAUUCGACCGAGCAUGAAUAUGUGAUGAAGAAUCUUCCUUGGCUCAUCGGCAGUUUGGGCACAAUGAUCGAAGAUGUGACUAUCUUUGCUCAAUUUCACAUGUACCGAGUGCAAGAAGACUCAAGCACAGAGAACGCUGUGAUUUGA